AUGCCCAUUUGCAGUCGAUGCGGAGUGGAUCAACCCGACGACGCGUUCUCUGAGGAAUCCCAACCACUGUGUGAAUACUGCUAUGAGAUUGAAUUGGAAGAAGAGGCGGCGGGUGGGGAAAUUACAGCAGACAACAAUCAGCAGCAGCAGCAGCCAGACCAUGAAGAAGAAGAAGAAGACAUUGAAAACCAAGGUGUCACAACAGAAGAAGAAGCAGCACCCAAAAAGGUGAUUGCACUGUCCGGAGCAGCGCGUCUGUUGGAUCCCCAUUCGUUGGAAUUAAAAGAGGACAACAAUACGACAGAGACGGCUCCUCCCGACAUUUCUCAGUUGGAUGAUUUGGUGGCAGCCAUUGAAUACCGUGGUUACAGUCAUGGCUUUGGAUUGGACAGUCCUGAAGUCCUCCACUUUCGUCUCAAACAAGUUUUGUUUGACCAAGAAAAUCACGUCCUGUUCUGGUUGACACGUCCACUCGUGCAGGCGCUACUGGAAGGACCGACUUCCGAUGCGUGGGAACUUCGCGUAGUACCACUCAAUCUCCAAACUGUCAUGGAAGGACAGUCGCUACUGCAUUGGUUGGUACAGUGGAAACUGCUGCAGUUACAGUGUGGAUGGAGAGGACACGACGACAUGGUCGAUUUACUCAUUCGAGCCGGAGCUCCGGUCGAUGCCACACUCGCAAAUGGUUGCACGCCACUCUUUUUUGCCGUCAACGUCUCCGUAUAUUCUACAACUACUACUACACAACCGACCGUCAAUCCCCACGAAACCUUUCUCGUGACAGACGACAAGUCGCACAACGGCAAAAAGAAGAAGAAAAAGAAAAACAAGUCGUCAUCCUCCAAACAAAACAAGAUCCGCAUUACUGCAUUGGAUGUCAUGGUGACGGAAUUUGUGACGCCGCAUCCCGACGUCUCGUGGGCUACCUUGGGAUUGCCGUCGGUCGAAGACUAUAUCGAGUGCAUGCUCCUCUUACAACAACGGGGCGUUCAAUUGUCGCCACACUAUCCCGAUGCCACCUUUUUUCUCGGACAGUACUUGCAGGGCGUUACACAGGCCACCAAACGGUUGUAUUAUACCCGCAAGAUUGCCGAUUUUUUAUUUGGACAGUAUCUGCCCGAUGGGAUUCAAGAACAAGUAGUAUUGCAAAAAAGUGAACAUGCAACAGCACCAGGGAGUUGUAGUGUGUGCUCUGCAGCAAUCAUCGACACCAAGGAUGCAGACUCUUCGUUUCCCAACCAGCCACUCUCCUGUGGCCACACGCUGUGUCGAGAUUGUUUCGCAAGCUGUGUGACAAAAGAAGAAGAAACAGACUGGGAUUCUUUGGCCAGCCGACGGCGAUGUCCAACCUGCCACAAUCUACUUUGUAUGGACAUACUCCCUCCGACAACAACAACAACAACAAUGGUAACAGCUGAGAGCAGCAAGCCAAAAAAGAAGAUGAGCUUGGAGGAGAGACGACGGCAAGCCUUGUCACGACUGUCCCUAGAACAGCUUCAAUUUGAGUGCGAAGCGCGAAACUUGGUCGUUGCAGAGAAGGAACGCAAGGAUCAUUUAAUCAAAUCACUCGUUCAUGAUUGGCAAAACUUUGUCCUGCCGCAAGGAGACGACGAAGACAAUGACGACAAUGAUGAUGACAAUGCAGGUAGCCGACUCAUGGCCGAGCUUACCUUGUCUCACACCUUGGUGUCUGCGGACAAUUAUUUGUGGGUAGCAGCUUCGAGAGGAAGCGUCAUGAUUCCCAUUACGGUAAAAGGAAUCCCCGUCUUUGCCUUGGUGUCUACCACGGCACCGUACACGGUCGUGUCGCCUCGAUUUGUCAAAUCCUUUGGAUUCGAAAUCAACCACAAUCUACAAGUCGCAGUCUCCAAACCGCUCAAGUUUGUGCGCGCCCAAGAAGAUGAUGAACGAUUGAAUGACAACGGUGAUGACAAACCCGUCAACCACCACAUGGCUCCUCGCCGCAAGGUCCCAAGAGCCAUGGCAGCCCCACAAGUCCACCUCAAAGCGGUGCGUGACUUGUCAUUUACAUUGGGCAACAAAAACGACGAGGACGACGACAAGACCAUUGAAGUGUCCUUGCCGAGCGCCAUGCAGGCGUACGAACCGCAUUCGGAAGGAUGGCCCGUGGGUGUCAUUUUGGGAUUGGACUUUUUUCAAUCGGCGGCGUGGAUACAAAUGUCGGUAGAUGUGGAUCUCGAAGUCUGCCUUGGUCGAACCAUUGCCUUGUUGACGGGCAAUUCUGCUGGUAGUCUACUGGAGUUUGAUCUGAUUGAACCACGUCGUGCGGAUUUUAUUGAACAAGAUCUUCGAUAUUAUGCAAGGAAUGGCAAAGUGUUUUGGACGCCGCUGUGGCACGUCUCCUUGUCCAACCACGACAGUUGUCUCUCGCUGGGUCAAUAUUUGAAGGAGCUGCUUCCCAACAAAGAUAGCCGCAACAACAAACACGGCGAGAGACGGCAGUACGUGACCGAGUGCUCAUGGUGUACCCGCCAGUUUCCUUUUGUUCCCAAGAACAAAAAAAGAGAUUUGGUGGAUUGGUUAAUGUCCAAUCCAGUGGAUGCCGGAAUGAUUCAAUGCAACUUGUGCUGCAGUGAGGGGAGACCAACUUUCUAUUGCGACGAAAAGUGCCGGAAAAAGGCCCAGGCAACACAUAGCAACCAGUUCCACGGUGGGGUGGAUGUCUCAAAGUAUGAUAAUGAUGCGAAGAUGCAAUCAUCGUCAACAAAUUUGAGAUGGAAGCUACUCAUUCUUGGCACAGCUGUCUUGGCAGUCCUUGCGGCGACCAUGUUGAGACCGGCAAGCCAGGUAAUUGUGAGGAACGAAGACGUGGUCGAAGGCGAGCCAAUUGCAGCCUCGUUACCACGGGGCCAAGGGGAUGAUUUGUAG